GAUGUCCCUUUCUCUCUCUUGCCCACACUGCCCAAAUGCCUACUUUUCAUAUUCCAACCCUGCCCGAACUGCCCGUUGUGGGAAAACUUUCCCUCUGUUCCAAGCACUCUCCCGCUUUUCCAUUCAACACCCCACUUUGCUUUGGAGUUUGGACUGAAUUCACAACUGGGUUUGUGUUGGUUUUGGUCAUUCAUCAACAGUUUACAUGUGUUGUGGUCCUUGAUAACAUUCAACAACACUAUGUUAUUGUUCUUUUUGCCUUGUUGAUUAUGAGUUUCAAAUUGUUCAAUUAUUGGGAGUGAGGUGGUUUGAAAACUUGUAGUGACUUUUUUUUUUUUUUUUUUAAUCUAAAGUUUGAGACUUUUGGUGUAUGGAAACAUGUUUGUAAGAUUUUUUGGAUGAUGGGGUUUGGGGAUAAUGCAAUUCAGGCAGGGAGUUUGGAUGUUGACAAGUCAAAGGGAAAGAAGAAUGUAAAUGGUGCAAAGAAGAAGAGAGGAUGGCGCUUUAGAUUCAGUUUCUUUGGUAGCUGCAUACCUUCAAGGUCAAAAGUUGAUAGCUCCAUAAGUGGCACUACUACCCAUAAUGGUGACAAUACCAAGUUGGUGAUAAUUGAACCAGAGGAAAACAAAUCUGCAUUUGAAAAAAGCACAAAGGAAACAGUUGCUCCUCCAGAGUCCUCUACAACAAUUAGUAAUGUGGAAAGUAUCCCUUCCACUCCAAAAUUCAGUGAGGAGUUGAAGUUUGCUUCUUGUUUGAGAAAAUUCACAUUCAAUGGACUUAAGUUGGCAACUAGGAGUUUCAGACCAGAGUCUCUUCUUGGUGAGGGAGGGUUUGGUUGUGUCUUCAAGGGUUGGAUUGAGGAGAAUGGAACUGCACCUGUGAAACCAGGUACUGGGCUUACAGUUGCAGUCAAGAUCCUCAACCAAAAUGGACAUCAGGGUCACAAAGAGUGGCUUGCUGAAUUAAACUAUCUGGGUGAUCUUGUCCAUCCUAAUCUUGUUAAAUUGGUUGGUUUCUGCAUUGAAGGUGACCAAAGAUUAUUGGUUUAUGAGUUUAUGCCCCGAGGCAGUUUGGAGAACCACCUCUUUAGAAGUACACUACUAACCCUUUUUUAUUUCUUUGGGCCCUUGCCUCUUCCUUGGUCUAUCAGAAUGAAAAUUGCACUUGGUGCUGCAAAAGGUCUUGCUUUUCUCCAUGAAGAAGCUCACAGGCCCAUAAUAUAUCGCGAUUUCAAAACAUCUAAUAUCCUAUUAGAUGCGGAUUACAACGCAAAGCUUUCUGAUUUUGGGCUUGCCAAAGAUGCUCCUGAGGGGGAAAAUACACAUGUAACAACAAGAGUUAUGGGAACAUAUGGCUAUGCUGCUCCAGAGUAUGUGAUGACUGGACAUUUGACAUCAAAAAGUGAUGUCUACAGCUUUGGAGUAGUGCUACUUGAAAUGCUCACUGGCCGGAGAACCAUUGAUAAGAAAAGACCAAAUGGGGAACACAAUCUGGUGCAGUGGUUAAGACCUAUACUUGGAGACAGAAGGAUGUUAUUCCAGAUAAUCGAUCCGCGCCUUGAAGGUCACUUCUCAGUUAAAGGGGCACAGAAAGCUGCUCAGUUGGCUGCUCAAUGCCUUAGCCGUAAUCCAAAAUCUAGACCUUUGAUGAGUGAAGUUAUUCAAGCUUUAAAGCCUUUGCCAAACCUUAAGGAUAUGGCUAUCUCAUCUUAUCACUUCCAAAUUGCACAAGUAGGUCGCACUAUGUCCAUGCCAAAGCCUAAAAAUGGUAUUAGAACACACUUAGUGUCUUUACCAAGAAAGGGUCAACCUGUAAGGACCUUGUCAAGUCCAAAUGGUCAACAUGCUUCUCCAUAUCCUCUUUAUAGCAAGUCUCCAAAACCUAUUGGGUAACAAUCACUAUUCACUGUUUUUAAUUUGCUUCUCUAUUCAUUCAGUUCCUUUAAAUUGGAACAUCAGCUGAACAGCAAUUGAGGAAUCAUUAUAGUUUUCUUUUGUUAUUAUAUGAUCUCAAAUAAGGUCACGUUAUGAGACAGUUUAGGAGACGUUUAGUAGAAGAGAAAUUUUUAUUUAUCUGGAAACAAUAGAUUACUGGAAUAUAAUAGAAAAUAUAUUUUGCUGGAAUGUUACUAAAAAAUUGUUUGGUAUGGUCAAAUUUUCUUGGAAUU